UCCCCUGUUGUCCGGAACUCGAAAGAAGGAAAAGAAAGGCCUGAUGCCAUUUCUUCUCCGGCGGGGUUUCCAAGAUGAUGUCUCCAAAUCAGAUUUCGGAAGAUCGGAUUUAUCGCUCUACUUCACUCAGGCACACUCCCUUGCAGAUAAUCCACGUUAUUGGCAACUUCAUGAGAAUUUGGUCGGUUUACUCCAUGUAUCACUACUUAUCUCAGCAAGGAGCUUCAGCUGUAGUUUUCAUCUUUACUUGUUUGGUUCCAUCAUCCAUAAUCUUUCUUGCCUUACAAACACCCUGGAAAGGGAGGCCCCUCUCUAAUUCACAGGUGAUACCUUCUGUAAUAAAUGGGGGUAUAACAGCAUUGUACUUCAUAUUGUGGGGAAAGGGCCUCAAAUCAUGCGGUCCUCUUCGAGCUAUAAUGGCGGAGUAUUCAGGUGCUGUUCUUGGAGUUUUAUCAGCACUGCUAUAUGGACGGAGGGGCCACAUUUGGAAAAAGGUGGCUGGACUAAUUGCAAUGAUGGCAUCAUUCUACUUCUUAUCUCAAGGGUGGGCCACGGCGACAUUCUCACCAUUCUCUUUCAAGGAUAGCUUUGAUACAGAGCUGCCCGUUAAGAGAGAGGAGGCUUUGGGGUUUAAAGCAAUGGCUGUUCCCAUUGCUGCCGGAAUCUUUUCAGCUUUGAGAAGGGUGAUUGCACGGCGAGUGUCACUCAAGAAUCAACUAAAAAGGCGACUUCAUGCAAUAACCAUUGUUUCUGCUACAUGCUUUCUCUUUCCAUUCGCCAUGUGGGAUAUGAUAUUAGGAUCAACAUCUGAUAGCAGCACAGAGAUGGCUUCUCCAACAUGGGCAUAUCUGAGCACCAUCCUUUUUGGGAUCAUCUUAGUAUUCUAUGUUGACAAUAUUGCUGAAGAGAGAUUGCAUCUAGUUUUCUCUUCUCCAAAGCAUUUAAUGGUAGCUGGAGGAUGCAUCAUUGUCAUGGAAAUUGCAUACAAAAUGGACUUUUCUCUACUUGGUUUUCUGAUUUGCUCCUCAAUUUUGGGCCUUGGAAUAAUUCAAGCAACUUCUUUGGAACGCAUGAAGAAAGAGUCUCAUGACCAUCCCGACAUAGCAGAUGGUACUUUUGAGAAUCAAAUGCAGAUGUCACCGCUUCCAACUUGAAGUAUGUACCUUUUCUUUUUGUGUCAGUGGUGCCAGGAGAGGAAUCGUUGUCCCAUGCAGAACAAUCAGUUUAUCAAAAGAGUGGAGGUUUGGCUGAUAUCUUCCGGUUCGAAUAGCCUGACUAACAUCUCAUUCCUUUUCUUUCUUCUCUUUUUGACAUAGAAAAUGCAGUAAAUGAUUUGUUAGAGCCAUUGCUCUGAUUGUAUGUAUAGUAAAAAAGCCAAAACCCCAUCUUGGAAUGACUGAUUACAUCUCCACCUAUGUAAAAUCUCUGUUAGAUUUGGAA